ACAUUUCGAAGGCAGUAGCUACCCCAUCUUGGUGAAGUAAUGGACGUUCAGCCAGUACAUAGGUUUUGCAGAUUUGUUUAUAUUUCCGUGGAUCGCGUUCGUAAACUUUUGUGAAUACUUUCAAAAUCUUUUCCAAACAAAAAUAAUGUGGUGCGCGUAUAGUUUGGCAGCUGAAACGUUGGCUUUUUCAUGAUUUCACCUCUGCUAAAUAUCCCCUUCAGACUGCUUUUCGUCGUUCAAUUGAUUAUUUGUCCAUCAAGUGUAUCGUUUUCUUACCCCUAUUGUUUUUAACUCUCGCACCCUUUAUAAUUAACUUUUGGUGACGUUUUUAGCGUGCUAAGUUCCCAUCCGUGUUAGUUAUUAAGCAUAGUUAUUUGGAUUGUGUUGUUCAAGAUAUUUUUUACACUAUGGACAAAAUGGUUUCUUCGAACUAAUAGUGCAAUCAACAAGUAGGUUUAAGAUGGCCUUGUGCGAGAGUCAGCUGGAGUCUGCUAUGCACAUCAACGGAGCGGAGUCAGCUGAGGAGCAAAGCUCUCCCGACAAGAAGAGAGAGAGCAAUGGAGAUAUAUACGUCCCGCCCCUGCCGCUGAGUGUGGACUACCGUUCGCCCGUGUCUCACUUCGUACCCCCCGCCGUAGAGCUGUACGCGGCUAGACACAAGCCCGAGAUCAAUGUCGCGGCGGCCUCUAUUGAGACCCCCCCGCCGGUUAAACGGAAGAGGGGCAGGCCUCGGAUAGACAAGACGAGUCCUGAGUACUUGGCAAACUUGGCGGCGAGGAAACAGGCGAGAGAGAUGGCCGCGGUUAUGAACAACCGACCAGAUACUGGGGAAAAGCGCAAGAGAGGCCGGCCGCGGGUAGACAAGACCAGCCCUGAGUAUUUGGCCAGGAAGAGAGCCAGGGAGAUGGAAGCUCUGGAAAAGAAGGCAAAAAAGGAAUAUAGAAGGCGUGCUACAGGCGAUUCUGCUGCGUCGUCGUCCGCCGGCGAGUCGACGCCGCGAGUCAAACGUAAAUACACCAAACGGACUCCCAACGCUAAGAAAGACUCUGCGGCCAAUCCCGAGCGAGUCAAGGGCAAGCGUGGCCGGCCGAGGAAGAUCGUCGACCCGCGGCAGCCACAGCAAGGCAAGAUCCGUGUACGAAGCAACUUGAUGCCUCUGAACACGGAACCCAUUCCCGUGGACAGUGACGACGAGCCCGAUCUAGGUUCGCCGAGCCAAGCGUCGGAUUCGUUGAGCUUGGACGAAAAUCUUCGUGCUCUCAGGCACAUACACGAGAAGUACGCCAAUAUCGACAAGGACGAUCUGUACGGCGCUCAUCUCCUCGCGGCGCAGUUCAAGAAGCCGCCCAUGGACCAAGUGCAAAGACUGACUAGAGACGAGAGCGACGAGGUGCUCUCUGUUAGGAGUUCCGAGCGAGGUGCUUCAGUGAAAGACAUGGAUACGCAGAUAGAGAAAUUGGAAGACAGUUCCAACUCUGACUCCGACUCCAGCUCUGGCUCAGGCAGUUCAUCUUCGUCGUCUUCCUCAUCAUCAUCGGGCAGUUCCAGCUCGUCGGACAGUUCUGACAGCGAGUCUGAUGAUGAGAGCAAACAGAAGAACCCCGACCCGCCUUCCGUCACCAACCCUGAGGAGGAUAGCACAUCGUUCGGCGCGUGGUCGUACGGCCCGCAGUCGGGGACCAACUCUGAGUCGGAGUCCGACUCGGAUCCGGAGCGAUCCGCGACCGCCAUCGGACCAGCGCCCGCGCAGGACGAGAUCAGCGAGUCGGAGAACGAGUCGGCUGACAAGAGCUUCCAGUGCCACGUCUGCAGGAAGUGGUACUCCACCAGAGUCACCCUCAAAAUCCACCGGCGCUCCCACCAGAACAAGGGUGGGGGUAACUCCAACUCGCGCUCGCGUUCCUCAGACCGCUACGAGUGUGACUGCUGCAACGAGACCUUCAGCCGACGCGAGAAGUUAUACGAGCACAAAGCGGAGGCCCAUCGCGGCGCCAUGACGGUCCGGUGCGAGGUUUGCCGGAAGUGCUUCGAGGACGACGCGGAGUUGGCGGCGCACGACCGCACGCACACCGCCGACGAGAGGGCCGGGCGUUGCUCUGAGUGCGGCAGCUCGUUCGGGCGCUACGAGCAGCUGCGGCGGCACCGCGCCAGCGCGCACGCCGCGUCGGCGCCGUCGCGUCUGCCGCACGUGUGCGCGCAGUGCGGCAAGCGGUUCACGCACACGCACUCGCUGACGCGCCACAUACACAACCACGCCAAGCAGCUCUACAGAUGCGUCGUGUGCAAGGCGUCGUUCACGCGCGCAGACCAGCUGGCGCAACACCUCAACAGCCACCUGGCGAACUACAAGCGGCUCAAGCAGUAGUAGUGCAACCGCCGCGACCGCGUUCCGAAACGCCAAAGUCUAGAAUCUACAUACGGUAUGCCGCGGUGUAGCAAGCGUACAGUACGGAAAGUAUAUGUAUGGUGUAGUGUAACCUUAUAGCCGAGUCAGCAGGGUUAUUAUGUAUUAUUCAAAUAAUGAGUCAUUGCAUCGUUUUUCGUUGUAUUUAGUGAUCAUCUAACAUAGUUAUUUCAACAAAAUAUCCUUGACUACGCCAUUUUACAUCAAGUGUCAGUUAUUUUUUGUUUUUACGAUCAUCUAACAUGAUUAUUUCAACUAAAUACGUAAAUAACGAUCUUCAUUUAUCUAACAACCAACAACCCACAUUAGAGAAAUCGAAAAUAUUUAUUUAUUGUCACAACAGAAUGAGUACAUAGUUUUGAGAUAUAUUUAAGAAAAUAGCAAAGUGUACAUAUUAUAUAUUGUUCUUUGCUAUUUCACAUAUAUCUCAGCAUAUUUACACAGUGCUUGUGUUUUGUCUAUGAAUGAACGUAAUUUUUCAGAUCGACAUCAUUUUGUCUUAGGGUCCAUUUACACAAGCGGCAACUCUACUGACGACUGCAGUCAGCGACGUCUCGGCGGCAGCCCACGGCAGUCGACUGCAGUCGUCGGUAGCAGCUGCCGCUCGUGUAAAUGAACACUUACACUGCAGUAGGCUUAAGAUACGUGCCGCGACAUAUCUCGUGAAGACAAGACAUAUUGCAGACCAAUAGCGGCGACGAAAGAGAAACGAUAUUUUUGGUUCUGCCGCUGUUGGUCGACGAGAAGAAUUAUUUAUGUGGCACGCGUCUUAAGCAUACCGAAACGGUGAGUGUUUUAAGGUGUUAAGUGAUAAUAAUGAUAAUCUAUAACAUGUUAGUUUCCCAACUGUACAUUUGCUACACUGUGGCGAAUAGCCCUUAGGUCGUUACUUAGAAAGUAUUUUCACUAUAUUAUUAUGGUUUUUAACACAGAAAUGCACUUCCGGCUUCAUUGAAGUGUCCCAACUCGUAAAUUAUGUAUUUUUUAUUUCGUUACUGAAACAUUUUCAAAGUAUGAUGUCAUACAUUGCAUUAUUUUUACAGUAAUAUAUACAGUACUGUUAAAAAAUGGUUCGUACAAGACAAAACUUUCGGUAUUUUACAAUACUUUUAAAAUAUUCUCUAUUAUUGAAACUUGUAAAUUGACUUAAAUUGUAAAUAACUCGAAAAUUUUAGAUCUUCAUUAUGCUCAAAUAUCUUGGUUUUUGAGCAUAAUGAAGAUCCAUUUUUCUUUUUUAUAUGCAUUUAGCAAUAUCGUCUGAAGCAUUACCUACGUGUUUUUUUUUACGUAAAGUGACAUAACUCAGAAAUCGAGAUUUUUGCGAAUAAUAAAUUUAACAAAUUCAGUUCUGAUUUUUGAAGAGUACAUUUUUAUUAUGGCGUCACUAAUUUGGAAUUAUGGACUUUACAUGCUAAUGUAUUUUUUUUUAUUUUAUAAAAAAUAUUGGAUCAUUUAUUUUUAUAUCUGUCAUUAUGUUUGUGACGAAUUUUUGACGUUUUUUAGGGGGUCGAAAAUUUGUAUAUCCAUUUGAAUGAAGUUUUUUCCUUAUAUAAUAUAGUUAUUAUAAAUGAAUUAUUUUUCCUGGCAUCUCAACUCAAUAUUAUAAAUAAAUAAUAUAUUAAUACACAUUUAUGUUCAGGUGCCAGUUAAAAAUAAUUUAAAUUGUAUAUAAUUAUGCUGAUUUGUUUCUAAUACAGCUUUUGAAUGUGACUGCAUUUUUCGAAACGCGAAUAAUGACGUCAUUUGCAAUAAAAUUUGUGUUUUUUUUUUGUAUCAACUUUAAUACUUUACAAAGUUUUUUAAUACAUUUUAAUUUUGUGUUUUUUUUUUUAUAAUUUGAUAUAUUCUUUUAUUUUAUUGAAAUGACUAUUUGGUGAAAGCGAAUAAGCAUUUUGUAAGAUUUUUAUCAGUCUAUUGCGAACUAUCUAUAGUCAAACUUUUUGUCUUGCAAGUUUUGAAUUUAACUCUUUCUCUUUCUGUCUAAUACAAUAAUAUUGAAAGGGAAAGAUGAAGGGGAAUUCAAAAGUCGCAAGAGAUUUACAAAAAAAUAGGGUAGUUGACUCAUAUCGAAUUUAAAAUAUAUUAUUAAAAAAAAAAUUGAGGAUUUUUUAUAAGAUAUUAUUUAGAAAUCAUAUAUUUUUUCAAAUUUUCCAAACGUUACAAACUCUGUCGUCCAUUUUGUGACGUCAUAAUGUUACUUGAUGUGGUAAACGUCAAACUUGUUUUUUUUUUCGUUAAACGCUCCGUUUGGUAAAGGAUUAAGUAAUGUGACGUCAUGAAACAGUGUUUUGGAUCGUAUUGUCAAAUAAAUAUUGAAAAAUCAUGCCUUAAAAAUAUAUGACAUUUUUUUUUAAUCGAGUAGAACGAUAAAGACCAAUUUAAGAUUAUUUUAAAAAACGUGUCAACUAGCCUAUUGCUACAGAAUAGCCCUUUAUAUAUCACAGGCACAAUUAUCCGUCCACUUUAAUAUGACGCGAGUAUAUUAAAGUGGGCGGAAAAUUUUGCCUCUGAGUAUAUUUCAUAUCGUAAAUAAACGUUCGGAAACAUAAUUAGUUAUAAAAGAUGAUAUAUUAUGAUGCCGGAAGGACAUUUUUUUUAAAGAAUCAGCCUUAGAUACAUUUUAUGAUGAAUAUAGUUAAAGUAAUAGUAGGAAAAAAUAAAAAGGGUAUAAUCUAGGCGUGUGCGAGACAUAUCGAUAAUUAUAUCGAUGUAUGAUUUCGUCGAUAAAUAUUUCGGAAAAUUGACAUCGUUCGAUGUUUAUAAAUAUACCUAUAUGUAAAUAUGUAAGUACAUUGAAAUUAUCUUAUUUGUUCAAAUUCUGGAAAAUUCCACAUUUUUCUCAUACUUUACAAUCUAUUUAUUCAUAGUUUUUUUUAUGUCUUGCUUUUUUUACUUCUGUUUUCUAAAGAUAUAAUAUAAAAAAUUACACAAAAAGGUAUAUUUACGGAGCUCUUUAACCGACGAACACGAUUACACACCUAUUUAACAUCGAUUCUAUAGAGACAUUUUACUCGCAUUAGAUCGUUGAUCAUGUACUUGGACAGAAAAGUAACGUCUAGCGAGGCAGGUCCUAUACAAUAACUGGUCUGAGGUAUCGUGUGGCGGCCACCGGCGUCAACAGUGUGAGACGAGUCCAUAUAAAAUGUAUGAAAACUACUGGAAAUUGCCGGUAGAGGAAGAAAAAAUCAUUUAUUCCAUAAAUUUUGCCACACUUAACCACUUAAUACAAUAAUAAUGUAGUGCCCAAUACUCAAACCGCUUAGUCUAAUCAUCAGAACAUUAGUCAUAUUUGGCACAACCUUGAAAAAGGAUCCAGCUCAGCAUUGUGCUGCAUGUACCAAGCAAAUAUUGGACACUAGACGACGACGCGCAGUUUCAUCCGCGUGGUUCCCGUUCCCGUUAAUAUAUAGCCUAUAGCCUUCCUCGAUAAAUGGGCUAUCUAACACAGAAAUGAUUUUUCAAAUCGGACCAGUAGUUCCUGAGAUUAGUGCGUUCAAACAAACAAACGCUUCAGCUUUAUAGUAUUAGUAUAGAUACAGCGAUGAUUGUCAUGUCAGACCUUGAACCAGGCGACACCACGGAAGUGCGUAGUCACAGCGACAUAAAACGUAAAAUAAAACCAAAAACCAAACCUAGCGGUGUUUUGUGGUUGUGGCCAAGAAUAUCAGCAUUCAAAAUCAAAAUAAAAAAUCAUUUAUAUCAAGUAGGCUCAGUUUACAAGCACUUUUGACACGUCAGUUGAAUAUUUGUAAAGAUUCUACAUUCAUUUCUACAUUCAUUUUGGUUGCCGCAUAUUUUGAUUGUUGAAUAAUAAUUAUCGAUAUAAUAAUCAUCGAUAUUUCGCGCACACGCCUAGCAAAAUCGGCAUUUUCGAAUACAAAUUUGGGUAUUUGGCUCUUUAUAAUUAUUAUUAUUAUUAUAAUAUUAUAACUAUUAUUGAUAAGUAUAUAGUUGUUUUUAUAUUUGUUAAGUAUUUCAAUACACGUAAUUGUAUGUAUUUUUUUUUAAUUAAGUAAAUCCAAUUGAUUAUUAUUUAUGUAAUAAUAAUAAUGAAUUUUUUAAAGAUUAUAAAAUUCAAAGUACAUUUUUUUUUUAUAUAAAAAAAUGUACUUAUACCACUUUUGCUGCGCGACACACUGAAAUGAAGUUUUUAUUUUGUGGAAAUUAAUUUUUUUUUUUUGAAAAUUUUGGUGCGUUUAUAAAUGAACUUCUUAUGUAUCUACUUAUACAAGUAUGUAUACUGAGUUUUUCCCAUAGUUGAUUUCUUUUUUUCAAGUAAAACUUCUUUACCCACGCUUGACUUGGGGAGUAAUGCGUUACGAAAAAUGUAAUCCGGCGAGACGAAUGAACGUUUACACUGAGAACUAUAGAUGUUUUACUUCAGUUGUGUGGUUUAAAGCACUUUUUUUUAUUUAAUAAAUUCUCUGUCUAUUUAUUAUUCAACAAUUGUUUUAAUUUCUUUCUGUGACUGAAAAAAUAUUGACAGAAAUGCAAAGCAAAACCGACUGCUCGAGACAUUGAGAAUUGUAGAAUAUCUCAAUGAUAUGUUUUCGAAGUAGUUUAUUUUUAUUAUAUGCAAUAACAGAAUUAUAUUAUGUAAAACUGUCAAGUACUGCUGGUUUAUAACUGCAAAAAAAUUUGUAGGAAAACAAUUUAACAGUAAAAUAGUUAAUUUUUCAUAAAAUGAAGUUAAAUUGUCAGUUAGUAACUACUGUCAAAAUAGAUUUGUUGGAAAUUUUAGUUUAGUUUUAUAUUAUGUGAAAACGGGAAAGUAAACUCAAAAUUGUCAAGGCUGUCAUGUUUUGUCAUUAAUUGGUUUUAUUUUAUGCGAAAACAGAACUGUAUUUUUAACGUAGACAUAUAAAGUAAUAGACGAAUUGAAAGCAUAAAUAAAAAUGCGUGGACGAUAAAAAAAGAUAAGGUGUUUUCAUAUUGGGUUAUGUUAAGCGUGUUUUUCAGACAGCCAACAAUGGGCCAAACAGGUUUGACUAAUGUCAUUCUUUUAUAGAUAUAUCUAAUACUAUGUCCAAUGUAUUGUUCAGAAUAUCUGUUAGCCACUCCAGCCUUUUCCACUGUCUGUCUGUCUGAACUACUAGGCAUAAUGUAAGAAACUUAUAUUGUUAUAAUACAUUUUUUUAAAUCAAUACUACUGCAAAUUAUACCAACAAAGUUAGUUAAAAUAUAUUGAUGAAAAAAUGGUUCAGGGUAGUGUUCUGGCUGAUGGGAGACUUUGGCCGUGACUAGUUAGUAGUUACAUGUAGCGUUCCGGUACGAUGUCGUGUAAAAUCCGAAAGGAAUGUGGAUUUUCAUCCUCCUCCUAACAAGUUAGUCCGUUUUCAUCUUAGAUUGCAUCACUUACCAUCAGGUGAUAUGUAGCUAAGGGUAAACUUGUAAAAAAAUAAGUAAAUAAGAAUUGAGAGCUCUCUCUCUUCGUCUAUUUCUUUCUGUGUCUACAUAUUUUAGAAUGUAAUGAAAUUAAAAAAAGAAAACACUGCAAAUCGGAUUAAUUAAUUAAUUAUAUUAUACAUAUUUUAAAAUUAGUGUUAGUUUAGUGUAAAGUUGUACACUAAACUAACACUAGUUCGGUUUAGUCUGUAAAAAAAAAAUAAACUUAGUUUUAGUUAACUAAAAGUUGGAGAAGAUUUGGCAUUCGUAAUAAAUUUAUUAUCUUAUUUUGUUGGAAA